UUCUCCCAUUCGCGUUUCGAUUCCUUUCGUUCUUUCGUGGGCCGAGUCGAUUCGCAGCGCAGCUCGCGAGCCCCCUUUCGCGUUUCCGGCCGCCGAUUCACCCGCGAAGGACGAGGGCUUUGUCGCGGCGCGGGCUUCGGCGUCCCCCCGGGUGGGGGAUACGCGGGUCGGGUCGGGCCGGGGGGUGGGUCUCCGCGUCGCCGCCUGGGUCCGCCGCCGAAUUCCUAGGGUUUCGGCUUCCGGCGCCCCGACGGAUCGGGAUUUCUUUGUGGGGGCGGAGAGAGAUCACGUGUGGAUGGAAGAUACUCCUUCAAUGUUUCAAGAGAGCUUUUCCCUCUAGCUAGCGUGAUGUGUUUCGUGGUCUUGUUUUGACAUUAUCUAUUGUGAUGGCUGCUGAUCAAAGAAGAAAGCUGUCAAAUGGUGCUGCUAAUGUUGAUAGCACUUUGCGUGGACAAUCUAGGGCAAAAAGGAAACGUGUGGAAUCAGUAGAGGAUGGCUUAAACACGAAGUCCCAUAUAUCUCUAAAGUGGGAUGUGAACCAAGCGAGGGUUAUCGCUAAAGAGGAGCAAAUUGGCAUCGGUUGGAGGGAUUUGAAACCGUUUGUUGAUUCUCUGCCGCAGGGUCACAAUAUUUUGGCUGAUGCCUUUGAUAUCCCGAGAGAAAUAUUUGACUUGGAGAGUUUGAAGGAUGUGCUCUCGCCCGAGGCUUGGAAAAGUUGUCUAUCAGAGAGUGAGAGAAAAUUUCUGAAGCAGUUUCUCCCUAGAGAAGCAGAGGCAAAGGAAGUUGUUAAAUCAUUGCUAUCAGGAGAUAAUUUCCAUUUCGGAAAUCCUUUAAUCAAGUGGGGUGCUUCACUUCAAUCAGGUAAUUUGCAUCCUGAUGCAGUUGUUAGACAUGAACAGCAUUUAAAGGCGGAAAAGAAGGAAUACUACUCAGACUUGAAGAAAUAUCACAAUGAUAUUAUAGGAAGCUUACUGAAGCUGAAGGAGAGUUGGGAAAGCUGCAAGGACCCAGAAAAAGAAUUUGUCCAGAAGAUCAGGAGGUCAAAAAAGAAUGCAGGAAAAAAGUUCUCAUCACCUGCAAAUGGAUCCAUGUUUCGUGAACUUGAAGAGAGUGUCUCUGCUUCAUCUGAAUUUUCCUCAUGGGAUGGAGAUGAGAGAUCAAAUAACAGUGAUAAGUACCUAUCUGCUGUUCUGAAGGGUGUAGUUUCAAGGAAGAGGAUGGGCGAGAAAGGCAAGGGCAAAACCGGGAAUUCAUUUGCUGUCUCAGAUGAUGUGCCUAGUGCGCAAAAGAAGCCAAAGAAAGACAAAAAGCUAAGCAAAAGUAGCAUAAUCUACAAUGAUGGGGCCAAAUACAUGUCCUACAUCAAGAUCAGUAAGAAGCAGCAUGAACUUGCCAAGAGCAUGGAGCAAUCUGGUACUACCAUUCACUCCAAGUCACUAAGACCUCUUUUAGGCAAUCUUGAUGAUUUCAAUGUACAACCAUAUGAAGUAUUUGUAGAAGAAGAACGGAAGAAGUUGCAUGAACACUGGGUGCAAUUGGCAAAAGAAGAUAUCCCCUCUACGUAUGCAAGCUGGAGGAACAUGCAAGAGGAGAAACAUCGUAUGGUUAGGGCAUUGGAGCAAGAACUCAACGAAAAAGUAGAUUCUUUCACAGAGGGUGGUGAGGAUGAGGAAGAAACUUCCGAGGGUAUGUCUGUGGACGAAGAUGUUGAUGGGGAGCAGAACACACUCAACAUUGAAAACGAGAAAGAGUCUCUUUCAGGUUCCUCUGAGGAUCAAAAUGAUAACACAAAAGCAGAAUUUGCUUUUGAUGGGGAGGAUGAUGAAGAGCUGGAACCUGACUUCUCCCCUGAUAGUAGAAAUGAUCAAGCCACUGGCCUCACAUCAAUUAUGCAGGAUGACCAAGAGCCUAUUCCUGGAUCUGUGCAUGAUCUGAGAGAUGUUGAUUCAGUAGACAAUAUUUCUGCUGUGCAUGGAGAUGGAAGUCCUGUCCCUGUGUCUUCGCACAACCCAUCUAUGAAGGAGAUGUCCCCACUUAGUGGCUGCCAUGAUUUUAACCAGCUGAAUCUCGAGUCUGUAGAUAAUAGAGCAACCUCAAAAUCAGAUAAUGGUCCUCACAACGUAUCAGCAUUCUCGGGAACCCCUGUUCCCGUGUCUUCCCACAACCCAUCUAUGAAGGAGAUAUCCCCACUUAGGGGCUGCCAAAAUUUUAACCAUCUGAAUCUCAAAUCUGUAGAUAAUAGAGCAACCUCAAAAUCAGAUAAUGGUCCUCACAAUGUAUCAGCAUUCUCGGGAAACCCUGUUCCUGUGUCUUCCCACAACCCAUCUAUGAAGGAGAUAUCCCCACUUAGGGGCUGCCAUGAUUUUAACCAUCUGAAUCUCGAGUCUGUAGAUAAUAGAGCAACCUCAAAAUCAGAUAAUGGUCCUCACAAUGUAUCAGCAUUCUCGGGAACUUUGAGCCACACUAAUAGAAUGGCUGGUCAGGGACUUCCUCUCUCUUCUGGUGGUGGUAACAUCUGGCAACCAGUAAGCAUGCUUCAUCCUUUCUAUGAUUCUAAUACAGGCACUCAGGGCACUUCUUCCGGUGAGUUGAAACUCACCCAUCCGCCGGUUAAUGAUGAGCAACGAGGGCACUGGAUGGAUCUUGAAUGCAACUUGCAUCAACAAUCAAACGAGGGUUCUCUGAAAUCCUACCCAAACCCUGACCAAAAUGAGCUUCUCCAAUCUAUUCUUAAGGGCCAGGACAUGAUGUCUUACAGUCAUGGGCAGAAACCUACAGAGUUACACUUUGCUCCGUCUAACAGUGUUUUGAUGGAAGAUUCUCGGUUUCCCAGUCACUUCCAUCAGCAGCCAAGUCUAUCUAUGCCCCUGGAGCAAGUGCAGAAGACUGGAAAUGAGGUUGUUUACAUGCAACAAAAUAUGUCCGACAAUAUUUUCCCUGAUGGAGGUAGAUAUUUAUUCCAGAGGCCAGAGCAAGUGCUCCCUGUCAACGUGCCAGACUGGGCUGUGAAUUCUGUUCGUAUGCCUGACACUCUCCAGCCUCCUCUAAUUGGCGGAGAUUUGUCCAGCCAAAACUGGUUUUCUGGUGAACGUCAUGUUCGUGGAGGCUGGACUAGUUCAGGUACAGUAUGUGGCCCGAGUCAGAGCAUUGGGAAUGCAAGCAAUCUCGAUCAGGGUCUGUACAGUGUCUUGUCACAUUGCAAUCAACUACGUCCAUCAAGCACUUCUUACGAUGCCAUCGGCUCUGCCGAGCAGUUUAUUCCUUCAAGGAAUUAUGCUCUGGUGGGCGGGCCUAUGCCCAGCAUGAGUAAUGUUUUACCUCCGGCAGCACAUUCUCUUGAUUACAUGAAUAGGCGGGACCCAACUACUUCCCUCAUGCCUAAUGACACUGGAUGGAUAAACUUGCCACAUCAGAACUCAAGCUUGAAUGACUCAAUGGGGAAACCGUUCUUGGGUUCAUGGAAUCAAUAGCAACAGAGCCUUGUCCCUUUAUCUUUCUCACAAAAUGUCAGAAGGCAACCCCAAGAAGCCAUUAGAAGUAGAUGCCUGUAGCAGGAGUUUUGACUUGAUAGUUUAUAGGAGCAACAAGUUGCGAGGUCUUGGAGAUCCGCCGGUGUUGGAUGAAGCCGUCCAGGAUAGGUUUCUGUACAUACCCAUACAAGAGCCAACCCAGCACAGUGUAUAUAACUAGCCAUUAGAUCUUAGAUGAGCAUUUGAGAGAAAAUUUUAUGGUAGGACAAUUUUUCCGGGCGGACAUCUCAAACAUGGGAAAAGGAUAAUUGAGCCUUUUUUUUGUGAUUCUGUUCUGUCUCCGUGUCCUUCUUCUCAUCUCACUCCACAAGAGUUCGUCUCUGUAAUUUAUGCAUCCAUUGACUCCUGGAAUAAUGAAUUGCUGAUAUACAGCCCGAUAAUUGCUCAUCU